GUAUUCCAUGCGUGUGUACACUGUAUGACAUGUAUGUGUGUCCGUGUGUGAGUAGUUUGCUAUAAUAUUCCUUUGGGUUUAUUUAAAAAAAAGAAGUUUAUUAUUUUUUUCUCUUUUCCCGCUCCGGUCUGCUUUCAUGCAAACCUUUUUCGCAUGAAUCGCACGCGGCGUGGACAAUGAACUAAUCGGUUUCGGUUAUUAUUUUAUGCUAGCACACUGCCCGGUGGACGACACACCUCUUGAAAACCUGAUAGCGCGCGUGUUUCAUCGAAGACCGACGACACUCGAACAAUCGCCAUGAUAACGGUGAGUAAAAAAAAAUAACACGGUUUUCCGAAGCAUAGAUAUUAUUAAAUUCUAUCGUGUUACUUACCUUUGCUUGUUAUGAAGAGAACGUUUGUGAUAGUUUCAACCUAGUAUUCGUUCUUCGGGUCUUGUGUAGGUACCUAAUUGGGUCCACCUCUGAAGGAUUGACUGUAAAUGGAUUGUUAUUACAGCACGCGCCUCACUGUCCACGGCGGUCUGUCUUUUACCAUAUAUGGACUAGUUGUUGUGAAAGCUUAAUAGUGGUCCAAUGAUACUUUAUAUGGUCUUGUAAAACCGUAUUUCUAUAACACUGGUGUCCUCUCCUAUAGAAUGUUACACUGUAUCCCUUGUUAAUGUAUAGAAAGUGAAAUUUGUGUAGCUCAUAGACCGGCUUUGCCCGGCAUUAUUGAUUUUUGUUCCAUGGGGUAGGCAAUGCAAUCCGCACAAUACUGACCUUGACCCUUAUUUUGGGAAAUCGUGAAAUCUACAGUUCUAUUGUAAUUUGAAAUAAUAUUGAUGAGAAGAUAUUUUGAUACUAACCAUUAGAUGAUGAAUUUACUCACAAACAUGGUAAAUGUAUACUUAGCGUUUAAACUUGUUUUAAAUAAACAAUGAAUGUAUAUUGUUGUCUGUGUCCAUCAAAUUCUAUUGAAUAUGAGUACUUAAGGAUAGUGCUAUAUCUCGUUUUACAAUAUAUUUCAUAUAGGUAGAUGAUUUACUACACAUUUAUUUCACAAAUAUAGUUUUAUGGAUUUACAGGUUCAAAAAUUGAUGUUUAGAUAGGUACUUGUAAUUAUUUGUUUUAUGUUUAAACAUUAUUGCUAUUCAUUGAUGAUAAACAUUCACUUGUUAAUAUUACUUAGGAUUUAUUUUUCUGUUUGGGUUUGUGUAGACAAUUGCUACCUAUACUCUGGAUAAAUAAUGUAAAAAACUAAUAUUAGGUACCUAAUCAAAUUUCCUUUCUACCUAGUCUAUCAGUUAUCAGAUGUUAAGUUUCUAUAUUAGUAUAGAAACUAUAUUUAUUAACAAUAAAAGAAAUCUUGGGCUAGCCUAUACAAAUCGAAAGCAUAAUAAUUUAAUAUUGUUUUAAUAUGUUGCGUGUAGUGUAGUGUUUUACUUUAAUAUUUAAUCCAAAUUAAUUAAUGUCAAUGUAUAAAGUUUAUAUUGGGUAGGUAUUAAUACCAAUAACUGAAAAUGAAUGUAAGUUUUUUCUAAAAUAUUUUUUGGAAAAAUAGUUUAAUUCUUCAUAAAUAUUAUGUAAGCAAUAUUUAAACAAUGCGUGAGGUCACAUGAAUGGUGCUCUAAUACUCAACCUAAAUUUAAAAUUGGAAUAACUUGUCAAUGGGUUGACCGAAAUUAAAAAUUACAACACCAAAAUGUAUUUAAAUCUCAAUUCAAAUUAAAACUUAAUCUAUUCAUAGAAUUUCAAAUUCUGAGUGAAGUUUAUUGGUUUUAUAAUAAUGUUUAUUUUUAUUUUUUAUUAUUUUACUUUUUUUAUAUGGCACAAAAUUUCUACCGGAAAUCUUGAUUCGAUUUUUAAGUGUUACACCUUUUUUGAAAGGAAAUUUUUAUCUUUUUGUACAAUAAGACCUUUUUUUGAUUUUACUAGCAAUUUUCAUAAUAAUUGGGCAAAAACCUGAAAAUGUAUGAAAGUAGUGAUUUUAUUAUUUUCAAUUUUGUUUUUAUUUAUUAUAAUUCAGUUCAAAAUCUUUGUGGAGAAUUGAAAUUUAGAUAGGAAAUUCCUAUUCUAGACGUGUUAAUUUCACUCUUGAAAAUAAAAACAAUGUAACUUUUAUUUUAGAAUAUAUGAUAACAAAAAUUCAUUUUUUUUAAAUAUAAGGAUAUCAUUACUCUUGCAAUCAAAAAUGAACAAUAAUAGUAAAUUAAUAAUUUAUACAUCUUUACUUAAACAUCUAUAGACUUACGGCAUUCAACUGUGGGGUGCCGAUAAACCCUUUAACGCCUGAAAAAUACAAUCCAUUCUUCUGCACCUAGGUACAUAAUAAACAUUAAACUCCACAAAGAUCUCAAAGUUCACACCUUGAAUAAAAUCUCCAAAAUUUACUACACCAAAUUCCACAAUAACCUACAGUCGCAUAUUAAACCCUCUAAUCACCAAACAAUAUUCAAGAACAGUACCUGACAACUCAUGUUGAAGAUUAAAAAGGAAAUGGUGUGGGGACCUUCUGUAUUAACAUAUGAUGAAAAAAAUCUUUAACCAAAUUGAUUAAUAAAUUCAAAAUAUUAAUUGUCAUUACUUAUAUUCUUAUAUCUUUAUUGCUAAAUGUUCAUAUUCUUGUAUAGAUUGUAAUUUACUUUAUAAAAUAAAAAAAAUAAAGGAUAUCAUAGAAAUGUUGACUAUAACAUGAAAUUUGAAAGACCCUGUAUAGAUGAUUCCAUGUACUAUUCCCUGUACUGAUGUUCUAUAGAUAGUCAUAGCUAGUAAUUUAUUAUUUUAAUGUGUUUAUUUAUUUUAUAUAGUCAUGGUUGUAUAUAUUAUAAAGGAAGUUAACUAUUAAAAAUCCUUGAAUAUAAUAUUACUGUCACAAUAAACAAUUUAAGUGUUUAAAAUAAUUUUGUAUGCUUUUGAUAAAGAUAAUUUUCAAGUUUUGAUAUACUAACAACUUUAAUAAAAACUAAAAAUAUUUACAUUUUCAAAUUCUCUAAUAUCUUCCUAAUUAUACAGACUGUCCCACAAAAAUAUAUCUCUUGAAUAUCUCUGGAGAUAAUAAAGAUAAUCAAAUUCUGUUUUUUUUUUUUUUUUUUUUUAAAAAUAUAACUUUAUUUUGUUAUUUUCGGAAAAUUUUAAUGUAUCACACAUUUAUAUCCAAUGAAUAGUUUCUAAGUAACGUUUUAAAUUCUACUAAUCCAUAUGAAAACCAAUGUUAUCUAGGGAAUAAUCUAACUGCGUUAUGUGAUGACAUUGGUUUUCAUAUGGAUUAGUAGAAUUUAAAACGUUACUUAGAAACUAUUCAUUGGAUAUAAAUGUGUGAUACAAUAAAAUUUUCUGAAAAUAAUAGAAUAAUGUUAUUUUUUAAAUUUUUUUACUAAAAUAAAAUUGAAUACAAAUAUAAAUAUUUGUAGUCCUCUUCUCUGUGAGUAAUAUAUUUAAAAAAAAAAAUAGAAUUUGAUCAUCUUUAUUAUCUCUAGAGAUAUUGAAGUGGUAUGUUUUCGUGGGACAGCUUGUAUAUUAUAUUAACAUAGCAAAAAUUAAAUAUGAAAUAACCAAAGUAAAAACAACAACUUACAAAAACACAAAUAACUCAUUUUAUUGAUUUAUUUUAUAAAUAAUUAUAUUUAUGAUGGAACUUAAUAUUAUUAACACAACUUGAGCUAGGUAAGGAAACAAUAUAUUGAUUGUAUCAAUACUUUGUGUCGAAAUAUUGUUCAUUUUUUUUUUUUAUUAAUACUGCUUUGCUAAUAUAUCUAGGCGAUUGAUAUUUUAAUGCAAAAUAUCAACAUUUCAAUAGCAUUGAUACUUAAAAUUUAAUUUUAACAAUUAUUUGUAAGAUGUAAAAUAAAAUCCUACCUAAAGUGAUUUUUUUUUUAAUUGUAGUUUAUUGUAAAAAAAUUAGAUUACCGAACAAAUUUAUUUUCAGAUUAUUGCAGUUCAUUUAAUAGAACUGAAACAUUGUGAUUAUUUUUUUUUUAGUAUAAAGUGUAUAAAUUAGGAAAUAUUGUUUUUUGGUGUUAUUGUUGAAAUGAAGUUAUUAUAUUAAUAUCCAUUUUUUUUUUUGUGCACUUAUACAUCAUUAUUUAGUUGAGACUUUUUAUCUUGGUUAGUUGAUUUUUAAUUGUUGAAGGUAUAUUUUAAUAUUGAUAUUAGUUAUAUGAUAUUGGAUAUUUGUAUUGAUAGUUAUUAAUUGUUUGUAAUCUCCACCUAAGGCAAAAUAAUCAUAACUAAAUUUCUCCCCUCUGAAAAAAUAGGAUUAGCUUUAUUCUAUAACUUAGUAGAUUGUACAUUUAGUUAUUAUUUUAUACCAACAAAUGAAGAAGGUGUAAAACAAAAUUUAAUUUUAUAUUUUAAAUUUCUAAAUUAUUGAAUUAUGUAAAACUGAAAUUAUUAUUUCUAGGAAGUGUACUUGUAAAUCAAGGGUUUAUAACCUGUGGUACAUGGCACUUGAAGUCCAUGGUUAGCUUUGAUUUAAAAAUAAUGAUUUGAACUGUUUGAUGACUCAAGCUAGGUUACGACUGUUGUAAUUGAUAUAGAUUUGUCUGUGGGUAUUUUUGGAAACAUUAGGUAGUGGUAUUCUGUAUCGUGGUUCUGAUUGCAACUGGCAAACAACUAACCAAAAUAAUUUCUCACUGAGUAUCCUGUAUAUUGUACUGUAUCUGUACAAUUGCUUUUAUUUGGUAGGUCUGUUGCUAUAUUUUAUAACUUAAUAGAUCUAAGAAUAUUUCUAAUGGCUAUGAAUAGGAAACAGAUUUAUAUGUACUUCAAGUCCGCAAUAAAGCACUUACAAAUAUUUAAAAAAGCAAAUGUGGCAAAAGGGUUUUAAAGUCCCCACUCUAACGGUUCUAACCCUAUUUAAUUCAAAUUUUUAACAUAAGUAAAUUAAUUUCAAGCAUUUUUGUCUUUUUAUAACAUGUACAAAUAUAUUUGAAGAAAAUUACUUUGUAAUAAUUGUUUUUUAGUGUUAAAAAAUUAUUUUUAACAAGUCAAUAACAAUAGAUUGGAACCUUUUUAAACCUCUACCUGUACUGUUCUUUUAAAUAUUUUUUACUAAAUAUAUCUAUAGUGUAGGUAUUUAAGAAUAAUUUGGGUAAUAGCUUCAUAUAAUUAUGAAAAUACAUGUAGUUAGUACAUAAAACUUUCUAAUACUUAUGAGCGACUAAAUGUUAUCAAAAAGUCAAGUUAUAAAUGAUUUGAUAAUUAGUUAUUAAAAUUAUUUAUAUAAUUUAAACUUACUGUACUAUGAUUUAUGAUUUAUUUUAAUAAGUUCAUUAAAUAGGUCAUAUUAAUUAGCGAGUUAAUUAGUAUUUUUACUAAUUUUUAAAUUAAAUUUUGUUCUUAAAUUAAUAAUAAAUCAAAUCCAUUUGAGUUUUUUCCAGUGUCAUUUAAUAAUUAAGUAACACAAAAUAUAUAAUAUAUAUAUUUUAUAGUAUAUUAUACUAAAAUGAUUAACUUUAUAAUUGUCACAUUCUAAUAAAAUAUAUAGUUUUAUUUUAUUCCAUUAACCAUAACUAUAGUUACAGUUAAAACUAACCAAAUAUUGAUUACAAAACAUAUUAUUUAUCUAUAAAAUACUUAAAACAUAUGACUUAUUUAACACAGCGCUCACUAGUUAUACAUAUUAAAUAAUAAUUACAUUUUUUUACACAAAUAAAUGAACAAAGUUCCUUUAUCAAAUGUUAACAUGUCCAAAACAUAUUUCCUGUGCUUUUUUUGCAUCGACUAUCUAACUUACUUAUAACUGUACAUUAAUUAUAGAUUUUUAUACACAAUUAUAAAAUAUAUCUUAAAUCAUUAAUUUGGAACAUUAUCGAAUAGCUACACCAUUAAUAGUUACUGUGGCCCCUGAAUGGUCUGAUUUUGCUUUAGAGACCGGUGAUGUCUCAUAGUAGCUGUUUGGCUCAUCAUAUGUGUAAUCCGUUACUGAAUCGUAAAUAUGAUUCUGUACAUCACUUAAUGAAGCAUAUGACAUAACCGCCGUAUUUUGUUCUUCUUUACGUACUGCUCCUUCGACAUUUUCUGUAUUUUUGACUGGAGUUGGACGUUUUCUAUUUUGACACAAUUUUAUUUUUAAAUUGAUUGUUUCUUUUACAAAAAUAUAUUUUAAAUAUACUUACAAUCUUAAAUAAAUUAAGGCGAGAAGUAUGACUAGGAAUAAAACGAUGCCACCUCCAACAGUAACCGCUAAACCUAGCGUUCUAGUAUCACUUAUUGCUGUACUUAUUGCUAUAAAAAAAAAAAAUAUGCAUACAUUAUUAUUUUAUAAGUGUAUUUAUAAAUAAAUAAUAAUACAAAAUUAUGACAAUUUAUUCUGAUAUUUAAAUGCUAUGAUAUAUUUGAACUUACAUUGGCAAUAAGGUUGUUCUCCUGACCAUUGGCCAUCAUCCAGACAUUUUCUCAUGUAAGGACCUAUUCUUUGAAAAUGAGGGAUACAAUGGUAUUCUGCUGCACUGUUGUAAGUUGUUGUAUCAUUCAUUAUUAUAACCCUACCAUUUUCUAUUAAACCAGGGUGUUUACAGUCGAUCACUAAAAUAAAAACAAAUUUUAAAUAUUUACUAAUUGCAUAUUAGGUUUUUAAGUAUUUUUUUUAUACUUUGACAUGUUGGUGGUCUCCCACUCCACGAUCCUUUGGGUAAGCAAUGUCUUGUGGCAUUGUCAAUUGUGAAAUAUCCUCGUGGACAUGUGUAUUCUGCUGUUCCACCAACAGUUCUUGAUGUAAUCCUGAUUGAUAGAUUGUUUUCGGUCUUGAGCUCAUCACAAUUUAUUUCUUAAUAUAAAUAGGUACAUGUGUUACAAAUUAAUUUGCUUUUUUUAAUUGUUGAUUAUUCAUUUACCUUGACAUUUUGGAGUUUCUGAACUCCAUGUACCAUUUUCAAGACAUAAUCUUCUACCAUGUCCAUCGAGUUGAAAGUGAUCAUUGCAUUCGUACAACACAGCUGAACCAUAAUAUGUAACAUUGGAUACCAAGUUGAACUUUCCAUUAUCAAUACUUUCAGGAGUACCGCAAUCGACAUCUAUGAAAAGUAUAGAUGUUAAAAUAUUUACUUUUGUUAUAAUUAUAACUGUACGUACAAACACAUUGUGGUAUCACACCAGUCCAUGAUCCUGUAUCGUCACAAUUACUUAUUGGUUCACCAACAACCUUAUAUCCUCGUUCACAUCGAUAUUUGACUAGUGCUCCAAUUUUGUAAGUAGAAGUUGAAACUACAUCAGAAGAAGUUCUUAUUAAAGUUCGUCCGUACAAACGAUCAUUACCUGUUACUGAUAAUACACUGUGUUCUGGUAGAAUUGGUUCUGGACAUCUUAUUUCUUUAGACAAAAUAUAAUACAUUUUAAAUUUAUAGAAUAUGCUUUGUUAUAACUCUUAAACCUUUGUUUAUAUAAUUUUUAACUUUUAAUUUUUUUUUUUUUUUUAAGAGUUGUUUUUACCUUCACAUUUUGGAGCAGUCCCACUCCAUGCUUGAUUUUCUUGACAGCGUCGUAUAGCUGUUCCGGUUAAUCUGUAGUUAUUACUACAGCUAUAUUUUACUUCACUGUCGAGGUGCGUAGAGUCAUUGAAAUAAUGUAAUGUACCAUAAACUGGCGGCAUGAGUUUACCACAAUCAAUAUCUAUGGACAUAAUAAUAAUUUAUUGUAAUAACUCUAUAACAUAAUCAGUGGUGUGGCAUAAUUAGAGGUAGAGAAAAUAUUGCUAUUAUAAAUAAUAAAAAUCUGAAAAUAUUAAUUUUUUCGUCCGUACGCGUAUAAAUACUCACAUUCACAUUCUGGCGGUGUUGUACUCCAUUCGCCAUUAUUAUUACACUGCAAUAUCGACGUUCCGAUCAGUUUAUGGCCUGGAUCACAGUGGUAUUCGAUGCUCGAGUGGAUGUUAAAGUCGUAUCCAACCACAUAGCCUCCGGUGGGUACUUCGGGUUCUUGACAUGUGAUCACUGCAUCGCCGACAACAAAACAAUAUUUUAUCGAUCUUUUAAGAUUUUUUUAUUAUGUUUGAUCGUAACUUACGUUGGCACGUGGGUGGGUCCGCCGACCAUUUCGCCUCUUUUGUGCAAAUCUGUCGGCGACUGGUGUGAGGUUGAAGCCAAUAGUCUUGGUCGCACGUGUACUCAACAAUGCUUCCGUGCGUCGUCGUACUAUUGACCAACGAAGCCAGUCCGUUUUCGAUUAUUUGUGGCGGUCCGCAGUCGACAAAUCUACAGACUAGCGGUUUUCCUGACCAUUCUCCGCCGAGUCCGCAUUUUAACUCCUACAUAAAAAAAUGUUUCAAAAUUAUUUUAAUGUCUUAAUAUCUAUAUAUUAUUUAGUAUAUUACAAAAUAAACAAAAAUAUCGAUCUAACCUGUUGUCCGCCGACGGCCACGAAUCCUUGUUGACAAGAAUAAACAGCUACCGACCCGGUCUUGUGACCCGUGAUCGUGACUGUAGCUCCUUGUACUUCGGUAGGAUCUCCGCACCAAUCGACUAUAUUGAAGAGGAAAACGAAAUAAAUUUUAUUUUCUAGUAUAUUUCAAGAAUAAUAUUGGGAAAACGAAGGUGGCACGUACAUAAGCACUGCGGCGUGCGUCCGCUCCAUUUGCCAUCUUCGGCGCACGUCCUCUUGGCGUCCCCGUUCGACAAACUGUAAUUCUGAUUACAAGAGUAUUUGGCAAUCGCUUUGAACGUGGUCCUGUUAUCUUCCAGUAUGACUGUACCGUUUUCUAUGCCGUUUAACGGUCCACAAUCGACGUCUGUGUAAGAAGAUUAAUAGUAAUGAUUGUGUAACUAAAUCGAUUUUAUUUAUCUUAAUACAUUUGCACGUCGGUGACGAUCCGGUCCAAAAUCCGUUGUCGCCGCACGUCCUCUUGGCCGAGCCCUGCGUGUAAUGUCCUUCUGGACAAACGUACUCGAUGACUGACGCCACUUUAAAAGUGUACGGACUCAUGAUUGUGCUGUUGACCUUGAUGUCGGGACUUCCACACGUUGUCGGCGCUUUAACGAGUGGGAAUAUUACAAUAAUUUAAUAUUUUAUUAAAUAUCGUAUUUUAUUAGUGAAAGUGUGCCGUUCAACUCACUGUAUUGACAAAUCCAAUGUAAAUAAUCCAAAUUGCAUCCUACAUCAUUCCACAGCCAUUCCCGGCCGCCGUCGAGCACCACGCAAUUCUGUUCACCGUUGUAGUUGUUGGGUUGAUCUUUUCCCCAAGACGGUUUCGUUAUCACAUCACCUGCAGCGCAUUUUGUACAAAAUUAUUAAGAGUUCCCUAAGUUUUGUAUACUGCAAAGUGCGCGUGCCAAAGAAAUACAUCAUCGGUUUUUUACAGCCCUACUUGUGGUAAGUUAACAUAAUUUUGUCGGUCUUACCGUUCACCCAUUUCCACGUCCUCGACGUGAGACCCGGCUCUUUUUGCGCUCCGAUCCAAAUCAAUUGGGUCUUGAGCCUGGAUUUGCGCCGUUCUAGUUCGGCAGCCAAAAACGUUGAAGCCGAACCCCGGAACCCGUGUACUAUGUCGCCACUUCCAGCGGCCUGACAUUUUUGACGGGCGUCCGCGAACGAAGCGCCUCGGUUGACGUUGAACUCAUAACACUUAUUAUCGAAAACGGCCACGUCGGUCUGCGAGGAAGUACCUCCCGGCGCACAGCGGUCGAGGGAAAAUUCUACAAAACGUGUGGAAAACGAAUUAAGUUUAUCAUUUGUAAGGGUGGGACUCUCAUCAAGUCCCCCUCAUAAAUAUGUGCAUGUUAUUCCUUUAGGAGUUCUCGAGCGACAUAUAAUAUAAUAUAAUUUUAGGUUACCUACUCCUAUAUCUAUAUAAAUUUGUUUUUUAUAUACUGACUAACCUUCUGUAGAAUAGACUUCGACUUCGCAUAAUGAUAACGAGCCUUCGACGCCUACCAGUUGCAGAAACACGUACUGCCCGAUUAUUUGUCGGGCACAACUUAGAAUUUUAGUCGUACCUUCCUCUGAAAAUCGUAUGAAAUGUAUUCGGUUAUUUUGUUAUCAUAUAUAAACGUAGUAGAAUGCAGUUUGCGCUUUUCGAUUCUUACCGAUUGUUCCCGGAAACCACGAACAUAACGGGUUCCUUUGCAAUUCUGUGCUACUGUUACCGACUCUGAUUUCUAUAUCCUGCAAUGGCAUAUGACCUGAAAGAUUUAUUUAUCCUUUAAAUUUGUGUCCAGUAACAGUAUUAAUAACUAUUAGUUUACUACGUAUAUUAUUAUGAUUUUUCGGCGUUUUUAAUGAUUUAUAAGAUUGCUUACAGAAAAACAAUUAUUUUUACCUCCGUUAAUUACGUUAUUCUUGUACACAAACACGCGUACAAAAAAAUAAUUAAAAUGGGUGUGGCGUGCAAAUGAUCCGUAUAGAGCUGCUAACUAGUUAUAGCGAAGGGCAAUACUGUCCUUCGCGCGCGAGUCUCGGUUGUAACUAUCCGUUUAAAUAUGAAUAAAAUAUAUAAAAAAAAAUUAGGUACUGUGUGUGUAUACGAGAAAAAAAAAGUCGUGGGCGAUACAGGAGCAGCAGAGGUUCAUUACUCCUUGAAACUAGUUUUUGAAUCGUUUCUAUACAAUAUUAUUAUUAUAUCCAGUAUAAUCCUACACAGAUUUUUUCAUUCCAUUAUUUUGAUAACGUCACGCCAGUCACGUCCGUACAAAUUUGUAACCUUCCACAGUGGUCAGAUCGUAUCAAAAUUAUACCUACCCGUAUGUUUUUAUUUUCCUUCGGAAUUAAACUGUAAUUGUACUUCAUAAUGACGAUAAGUGCGCGACGUGUUACUGUCAACUCACAGGUCCUUGGUUUUUAAAUUAUAAUUCCAAAAGACCGCUGCGGUCCUGGUUGAUUUGAAGCGAUAAAUAAAAAUACAUUUUUUUUUCUUUUAAAAUGUACUAUAUGUUUGUAUUUCUUUUUUUUCAGACUGAAGUAUCAAAAACGGCAAUCAGCGCGGCUGCUGCCGGCAUCGCGGGACUGUGUUUCGUCGGCUACUGUAUUUAUUUCGAUCGUAAGCGCCGCAGCGACCCGAAUUUUAGAUCGAACCUACGCAAGAAGCGGUUGAUGGCUAAGGAACAAGAACAGGCUGCGCGAGCUGCCAAGUCAGCGUUUCCGGAUUUCACGGACCAACAAGCCGUUCAACGGUUCUUCUUGCAGGAGGUGCAGAUGGGCGAAUCGUAUUUGGAACAAGGUGACGUGGUUAAGGGCGUGGAACAUUUGGCCAACGCGGUAGUGGUGUGUGGACAGCCUACCGAACUGCUCAACGUACUCCAGCGGACGUUACCUGAUCAGGUGUUCGAACUGCUUAUCAAGAAACUGCCAGAGUUGGGCAAAAAUCUAAUGAGGAAACCCCAGCCUCCAUCAGGGCCUGUCAUCAAGGAAUUGGACGUGUCUGACGUCGAAUAGAAUGCGCGCGCCGCGACGACGACACUGCCCAAUUAUUAUUACUAUUAUUAUUAUUAUUUUGAAAACUUUCUUUUUUCUAAUCCUUAGGGAUUUUAGGGAAAAUUUUCCAGGUAGAGAGCAUUGUUGUAAUUAUAAUAAAUUGUUUAAAAUAUAAUAAUGUUAUAAUAUUUUAGUAAACGAGUGAAAAAUGUAAAAUGUGUAAACGCCGCGGCCGCUCACCUACUAACACGCGAGUAUUUUUUUAUCGGAGUCUUAUAUUUUAUGUAGUUUGAUAUUUGUCAUUACACCGUGCACUAAAUAUUAUUAUUCAAAUUAUAUCCUAUUACGGAGUAAAGUACUCGUAAGUAAUAUGAAUAAUUUAUUAUUAUAUUAAAUGAAUGGACAAAUAUUAGUUUAUUAUUAUUAUUAUUUUUUUUUUUUUUUUUUUUUUUUUUUAUUUAUUGUUUCUAACGCACCAAUUAUUAUGUUUUAUUUUUCCAAAUUCGGUAUCAGAAUUUCGUUCAAAUCUUGGCGAAAAUCUGUCGAAUGUUUAGACCAAUUCACUAUGUAAGUAAUCACGUAGUACAUAGUGUAAAGUAAACUAUUUAUACAUUUUAAAUCACAGAGAUGAUGUGUACUAAUUAGAUGGUGUACACAUCAUAUAUUUAUAGGUAUGGUUACACAUUACUUAUAAGUACAUAUAUUUUACUAAAAAAAAGAAAACUUAGUACAUAUUUACAUGUUAUAGAUUAUAAUAAUAGUAUUAUAGCCAAUUUACGGAUAUUAUAUUAUAAGUAGAUGUCAAACGGACUUUGAUGAUAUUUUAUUUUUUCUUAAAUUUACUCGUCCGUGGCUAUAAUAUGUUAUAUUUUUGUCGGAAUUAUUAAAAGCAAUACUAAUAUUAUUACUACGCCAUUAUUAAUUUUUUUUUUGUAAUUUAAAUAAAAUUGUACAUGAAAUCGAUUCUCUUUGUUGUUGUCAAUCAGUAGCCUAAUACUUUUCCCAAAUUUGUUGACGUGCAGAUAGAAUUUAACGUUAACCUGUAUCAGAGGCAAGAAUUGUUGAAUUUUAAUGUUAAUGAAUUAUAUUCUAUUUACUCCAUGAUGAUACAAUCAAGAGCAAAGUAGUUUAAAUAAAUGUAUUUUAUGUUUGGUUGAGCAUAGACUAAGUUGUUUAAAGAAUUAUGUGUCUAUUUUUAUACAUACAAAUUUACUAUCAUAAAAAAAAAUAUUCUCGGGUUGGUUAACGCUAAAGUGUAAUUUGGGGUGUCUGUGUGUGUGUGUUUGGUUGUUUUCUGGUACUUACCACAGCAUCCUCUGGUCGUAAUUGAUACCGCUCGGACAGGGUAUGGCUGGAGCAGAUCAACAGACCACCACGGGGACGGUUCCUUGAGCGUUUCUGUGCACCUACGACCAUCAUGUACGGUAGUCGAGUCCCCAUCGUUGGCGUUCCCGGAAUUUCCGCCCCUGGCCGUUGUUGACUGGUUAGUUGGUUUGUGGACGGCCACGUUGGUUCCUGUUUAAA